CCUGUUUGCAAACCGUCAUGGCUUCGUGUAAAGAAAGUGUAGGAGAAACUCUUUUUCCUUCUUUCUUUCUAUUCAAUACCAACUUACGUGUUAUUCUCUUCUUUUCUUUUCUUUUUCUUCACUAGUCUGCUCUGUUACAUAAUAAAAUCACUUUAUUCAUUCUGUUCUGAUAUACUCUACCAUACUUGAGAAGCCUCUUUCCAGAGAAAACUUUACUGCAACUUCAGAGUACAAACUCGGCCACAUUCGUUUACCCACAAUUCGUGCUUUCAAUCACCCAAAGAAAGUUUAGCAGAUAGAGACCUCUCGAAAUCAGAAUAUACCACACCAUAAUGGCCUCUUCAAAGCGUACUGUAACCACCACCACACAUAGCAGCUUAAGCAGUUUGAGCACGCAUUCAAGUGCUAGCGCAUCGGCAACAUUUACUCCUGUUAUAUCUCACGAAUACAAUCCAUUCGUUUACCAUUACGACGAUAAGAAUGGCACGGUUUUCAUUGCUGUUGGCACCAUUAUCGUCACACUUUUUGUGCUUUUAUUGAGUGCCAGAUUUUGGUACUGGUUGAAGAAUCGAAAGGCAGCACAAGAUGCCACUAGGUUUGACGAUUAUUACGGAGGCGGUAAUGUUUCUUACUACGAUGACGACAAGAGUGACCUCAGUUUCCUGACUUACGAUCCUACUAGCUUUAUGGAAAAGAAGAAUAGCUACCGAAAUGAGAAUGCUACGCCAAACUCUGACUCUUCCGGUUUCACACACAACUCCACUGCAUCUUCGUCCUCGUUUGGCUCUAUGAAUGAUAACCAAUCGAGGGUUGAUUUAUCGAAUCUGACUUCUCAACCAGGUCAUAAUUUGCGUUCUGCACUGGCACAAUCAUACAUUCCGCCAAAAAAUAGACACUCCUUUAUUUCACCAAUCAAUCAACUAAUUCAAGAGCAGAACCCGUCUAUGCAAAGUGUCAUCACCGAUAGUGGUGGCAGCAAAAGGUUGUCAUCUAACCAAUUGUUGGACGCGUUCAACAUACCGUCACCUGUGGAUCCUUCUGUCAACAUCUCUUCACCACCCACCAGUGCAACAUCCAAAGAUUCGAGAAGGAGAAAGACACAAUCGAUCAGUCUUCUGAUUAAUUCGUCCUCUCCUAACAUGAACAGUAAAUCCAACUUGCCGGUGAGUAACAACCACAGCACCAAUACUCUGGGUGGUGCACAUUCGAGAAGUACCUCGCUGGACUUGCGUGAACUUGAGAAAAUGAUCCACAGAAGUUUGGCAGAGAACAAGUCCAAGGAUUCCGUCGAAUCGGCGUCUCCUGCUUCUGUUUCCUCUCCUAUGCCAAGCUCCAAUAGAGAAGAGAACAAGAAGAGGACGAGACCACCUUCUUUAGUUUUGGAUAUGCUUGUCCAAAACGAGAUGAACCUGUAGAUACGAUGGAUCUGAUAGAUCGUUUGGCUGUCGGACCACCUUUGCUAGUUGUACAAAUCACUCUCUUCUGUAGAUGAGUUUAUACCAAAAAAAUUAGAACU